GAAGCCGACAAUUAGAAGAAACGUUUCUGUCAGUUACGUUUUCUCUCAUGUUUGUUGAUUAUUUAUUUAUUAUUGCAUUAUAACGUUAUUUGAUCAUAAAUUGGUCUUCUUACAAUUAUUUUUUGGUGUUAAUGUGAAUUAGUGCGUGUAACGUCUGGUUUUCUAUGCUUAAAUAAUACACCGACACUUUUCCCUCCAAAUAGACGUGCAUGCUUUUAAAAUGCCUUUGCUAAAGAAAAAGCAAUUUGAGAAGACCUCGACGACACUGUUACGAGAUGAAGAGGAAGUAUUUUACUGCGAGAUAACCGGUGAAGUUUUCCGUGAUUAUGAGGAAUUUUCCGAAAGGUUAUUCCUUUGCAAUUCUAUGGUGUGGACAUGUUCAAUGACUGGUAAAUCGAAUCUCACAUACCAAGAAGCUGUAGAAAGUGAGGAAAAUGCCAGAAAGAGUCUACAAGAGUUUCCAGUUGAACUUAAAAUUCCCAUUUUAUUUUUGGCAACAAAAACCAAAAGAACAUCCUUUGGUGAAAUGGCAGAAGAUGUGUUUAUUUAUGCAAAGGAUAGGUACUUUAUUGGAGAGAAUUUGGAGACUUCAUUUACAGGAAACAAAUGGAAGGAUUCACAUGUACUUCAAGUCAUUUCAGUACCUGAAGGCAGUUUAAAACAGUCACCUCCAAAAAAUGGUAACAAUUCGGAUCGAAACUUUUUCCCUCCGGCCAACGUUUACAAAUAUGAAAUUGAGCAUCUUGAUGCCGAAGACGAGGACGUCAGUGAGAUCAUGAUCGUGGAUCACAGUCAGAUACGACGAAGAAAAUCGGCAUUCAGUCGAGAAAAAUCGAAACUGUUCCUUAAACAGUACGUCGAACCCGACGAGAACGGUAUUUGGGUGGUGAAACCUUCCGCCGUUGAAGAUUUUGGUCUUAACAAAAUGAAAUUUGAUCAAAUAUUUGACGGACCCUUGCCAAAUUUCUUUGAGAGUACUAAGAAAACUAAAAAAAUUAAUGGUGUAACCAACGGCGGUAAAAAGGUGACCAAGCAAGAGACGUUGGCCAAAUACUUAACGAAGAACGGGCUUGCGGGAAAGAAGGAGCCUAAAUCGAAGAACGGGCCGAAUUUGCUGGAGCAAAUGAAAAAGCGGGAAGAGACGUUCAAGCUAAAGAAACAAAUGAAGGAAGAAGAAAAGCAAGCAUUGAAGCAGAAGAAAAAAGAAGAGAACAUAAAGAUUUCCGCUUACUUGAAGGAAUUCUACAAGCCCAAGGAUGACUUAGAAUUAGAAGAUCAAAUCAAAUUACCGGUGGCAACUCCAGUUAUAUCUAAAAUUCCGGACAAAUAUCUUGGAGAUUUGUUCAUGAUUUUGGAAUUCGUAAACAAUUUUUCAAAAAUUCUCUACACAAAGGACUUUUUUCCUCAGGGAUUUACAUAUGACAUUUUGGAAAGAGCCUUUACUGAAAAAGAGGUUGCCGGACCGUUGACUGACAUAAUUCAAAUGUUCCUGACGGCACUCUUCAGCGUACAAGAGGAGGAGUCGAAUCAGUACCGAACACAAGUCGAAAAAGGCUCAGAAAUUAAAGAAGAGGAUGUAUCGAACAGUCUUAGUCUUCAUGAAGCCACUAAUUUGGCAACUCUUGCUUCAGCCUGGAGCACCAACUAUCAAGGUUUGCCGCUUUCCAAAUUACCCCUCUAUUCCGUGACGGUUUCCGAAGUGUUACGUCUCCAUUUACUGUCCUCCGGUGCGAGAAUUAAUGAAACUGGUGCAAGGUGGCGUUUUCAACAACGCGGCGGUUACACCAGUGAGGAUGAUCCCGGUUUAUACUUAAGAUUACAUGAGCCGCAUAUUAUUAAGGCGUUAUCUUUCCACAAUGUUAUACAACUCUCCAUAAGUGACAAGGUUAAAAUUAUUUCUUGUCUAAUGAAUCAACUCAUGACAUACGCGGAUGUUAGAGACGUUAUUGAGGAGAGGGUUGAUAAGAAUAGACAAAUGAAAAUGGAACUUAAAGCUGUUCACGUGGCCGAAAGAAAACGGGAACAAGAAUAUGUAACUGAAAGAGCAAAGAUCAAGCGAGAGAACAAGGAGGCUCCAAAAGCGUUGGCCGAUGAGUUGGAUAAAUUGGAAAAGAGUAAUGAGAGGAAGCAGGCGGAUAUUGAAAGAAAAAUGGACAAAUGCAUGAAGGCCUGUUGUGAAAAUCAACCGUUCCUGGGAUACGACAGGGCAUUCCGAAAAUACUUUAAACUCGAAUCGGUUCCGGGAGUUUUCGUCAAUUUUGAAGAAGAAUAUCCCGGCGUUUGUCUCGAUACCGCCGUUAAACAGUUCUCCGAACUGGUGAAUGCCGACAAAAGUCAAAUUAUUCAGCACGUUAAGAAAGUUUACGAAGAAAUGAAUUCGAGCGAUAAAGAAAACGAGCCUGCAGAAAAAGUAAACGGUACAAGAAAUUCACUUCAACAAACAGAAAAAGAGAUAUGUAACGACUUGCUUCUGUGUUCUGCGGACCCCAAAAAUUGCAUUAUACAUUCCGAGAAUGCGGAAAGAACUAAGUGGGCAUUUUUCAAAACUGCGGAGGAAAUCGACGAUUUGAUUAAAGCGUUAAACAAGCGCGGUAUCAGAGAAAGCGAAUUGUUGCAAGUUCUAAAAAUGGAUAAGGAGAACCUAUGUAAACUGAUCGAGCGAACGCCGGUAGCUCAACUUAAUGGUGAGAUCGAAGUGGAAGAGAAGCCACAAAACAGGAAGAAACCAGUUAAGGAUAAAUAUGAGGAUGCAAAUCUGGGUUUCCCGGCCGACAUGAGUUUAGAAGACGUUCUUCACAAUGCUUUAAUAGAUAAUAUUUUGGAAAUGGAAGACAAGAUAUUCGCGGGUAAUUUGGGGAGUUUGGCAGUCAAAAACAGAGAUAAGUGGAGGGAAUGUCUCACAAAUAAGAAUUAUGCAGAAAUCGACAAAACACUUGUAAAGAAGGACAGUGACAAACAUCUUAAAAUUAAAAAGGAAAAUUCAGGGAAAGGAAGUCGCCCUAAUACGCCGGACCCAUCGCCAGAACCUAAGGAAUAUCUGGAUCCGGGUAGAUUUUUGGGUCCGACACUCGAUUUAGAUUUGAAUUCAUCAUGUGAACAGGAUGACGUCUUAGUACUCCGUCAAUCAGAAGAACUUAGUACCGCGAUUGCGGGUUGCGCCCUGGCGCUUGCACAGGUGGCCAGAGCGGUAGAACCCAAACACUUAAAAAAGCCACUGGGACGCGAGGGAGUCAAAAAAGACAACAAAAAAGAAAUAUGUGACGUAUUGGAUAAGUGGGAGCUGUCGUUGCUGGCGUCGACUAGUUUUUCACAGGUAUUCUUACACUAUGGUACGUUAGACUCGUGUGUUAUGUGGUCGAGGUCCGCACUAUUGGCCAGAUGCAGAAUAUGCAGAAGGAGGAAAGACUCUGAGAAUAUGCUUUUGUGUGACAACUGUAACCUAGGACAUCACUUGUACUGUUUGAAGCCCAAAUUGACUGUUGUGCCCAAGGGAGAUUGGUUCUGUCAACGAUGUAAGACGGAAAAAGAGAGUAAAGAAAAACAACAAAAUCAAGAAGUUGUACCUAGGAAGAAGAGAAAGAUAUUUAAAGAGGAAGAGAGUGACGUUGAUGAGGAGGAGGAAUCUGAUGAACAAAAUAAUAGUGAAGAAGAAGAAAAUGAAGAAGUUGUGAAUGGGAUGAAAGUGGAUCUGUGUAAAACAUGCGGUUCUGGAGGUGAUCUGUUGAACUGUGAAAAGUGUUCGUUAUAUUAUCACAGAGAAUGUGUUUCACCUCCAAUGAGAAGGGCUCCAAGAGGACCUUGGACAUGUACUAAAUGCAAAGAGAAGAAAGAAGAAAAAGCCAGCGAUUCAGAAAAUAAGGGUUGGUGGCAAUUCACAGGCUUCAUAUACACCCAGAGGCGCUGCGCUGCUAAAGCCCGAAAUAAGAUCCACAGCUUUACAAAAUCUCUGCGUCGGCUCUCCGAGUCUGACGAGUCAGAUGACGAAGAGGAGGAAGUAGUAAAAAGCCGAAGAUCUCUGCGACGGGAGGAUAACAGGCAAGAUUUGCCCUUACACAAUGUAGCUUUACAGGAACUGUUAAGCGAUGUCAUGAAACACAAGGAUGCAUGGCCGUUUUUGCGACCUGUGCAAAAAAAUGAGGUACCUGAUUAUUAUGAUGUUAUAACAAAACCUAUGGAUUUUGGUACUAUAAAGUACAAAUUAAACAUGGGUGAAUAUAAUGAAGAUCGACAAUUAAUGACUGAUGCCAUAUUAGUAUUUGGAAACUGUAAUGCGUAUAAUCACAGUGAAGCCGACGUAUACAAAUGCGGAUCGCGGCUUAAAAAGUUUUUUGUAAAGAAAUGCAAAGAAGUAGGUCUUAAGGUUCCUAGGGAACUAUUAUAUGAAGAUGGAACUCCAGACGAUGACGACGAUGAUGAUGUUGAAGAAGAAGAGGUAAUACAGCCCAAAGCAAAAAGACCACGCACAGAACUAAAGACAUAACGUAUAUAUACAAAUUAUUUUUACAUUUAUAUAGUAAAAUAAUGUGACCUACAUUUUUUUUUUAUUUUUUAUAUUUUCUUCUUAUGAUCUGUCGAUAAUGUUGUUCCGUUCCCGAAUAUUUUUGGUAGUUACUGUAGGUACUUAUUUAUAAAGAACAUUAUUAAUUUU